GUCAUCCGUCAGUAUCAUCUGUUUAUGUGGACAAAGUAGGUUGACAGAAAGUCCACAAGCUAACUUAUGAGCUUCCAACCAUGAUCUGAGCAACAUUUCGGAGUGUACUGAGGGGAAGGUAUGGCGGUGUGUGCUCUGACUGUGCUGGACGGAGUUGGGGAUGAGGCAACCGCUCUGGGCGGAGUGGUUCUCCUGGUGGUGGCCAUCAUCCUAGCCUGGCUGUCCACCCAUGUGGCCGACCGUGGAGACCACAUUCUGGGCACCAUUCUCACGGUGGGUGCCCAUGCCUCCCUCAUCGGCCUAGGAGGCCACGACGGCUAUGUGGGGGCGCCCUCAAGCACGGACGUGGAAGACCAGCCAGACGCCAACUCCAACCCAGAGGAGAAGCCCGAAGAGGAGGAGAGCAGAGCCGAGGAGGGAGAGGAGGACGAGCUCCUGGACAUCCAGAGGGUGAGAAGGAAGAAACGCAAAAUCCAAAAGGAGAAUAAGGGAAGCAGGCAACACGCCGAAGGAGGAGAGGAUGAGGAGGAGUAUGAAGAGGACGACGAUGAUGAUGAUGACGAUGAGGAGGAGGAAGAAGUAGAUGACGAAUUGGAAAACAUCACAGUGCGCUUGAAGUAUCUGAAUGAUACUGAAGAGGUGGCCGUGCUCAGGCCUCAUGACACAGUUGGCCUGCUAAAGAGCAAGUACUUCUCUGGCCGUGAGCGUCAGAUCAAGCUCAUCUGGCAGGGCCAGCUCCUGCAGGACCCGCGCCGCACCCUCGCCUCCCUCAACAUCACGCACAACAGCGUGCUCCACUGCCACGUGUCCCAGGCGCCGGCCCAGCCCGAGGCCCCCGGCGGGCCAGAGGAGAGCGCUCGGGCCAGGGGAGAGUCGGGGGCGAGCGGCGGUCUGCGCUCGGUCGGCCUGACCCUGAGCUCCAGCAGCCUGGUGGUGCCUGUGUUCGUGGUGAUGCUGGCUGUGGUGUGGUACUUCCGCAUCCACUACCGGCAGCUCUUCACCGCACCCGCCACCGUCUCCCUGGUGGGCGUCACGGUGUUCUUCAGCUUCUUCAUUUUCGGGAUGCACAGCCGGUGACGGGGAACGUGGAUUUGAGAAGGGGGGUUUGAGCUUGAUGGACAAAUGAUGCGAAGGUGAAGAAUGCUAAAAGAGAAGUGGGCUUUGGGCACAGCCCAAGGUUUGUUACAUUAACCCUUUUCUAUGAACCGGUACAGUAUGCUUUCAAAACCAUAUGCACAGGUGUUCUCUAUUUUCGACUGCCAAUCAAAUCUGAUUAUACUGGAGGAAAGCAGCCUAACAAGGCCUUCUUUGUAUUUUAAAUCUCAUCUCAGACCCUCACGUGCCCAGUCAUCAUCUGUGGUGUGCUGGAACAUUGCCCAAACGUUGUCCUUUCUCUCCGUUCGGUCUUUUGCUACUUGCACUCUUUCCCUUUGAGCUCCUCCACUGUUGUUUGUGAACAAGACACAUGACAUUAAGCACAGCUUAGUUCUUCUCAUGAUUAAUGUAGAACACACACAAUACAGAGCGUAGGAUUUUAUACCACUUGUAAACGGGGCCCAUCACACUAUGCACUGAUAGAAAUAUGCCCAGCAAUUACACUGCAUUACAAGAAACAAUGCACAUCAGAACCUACUAACAUACAAUCACAGAUUAAGUGACCUCCCUGCAUAUGCCAACCUAUAGCUAAGCUAUACAAGUAGUUCUUUAGAUGGGAACAGCUACCACUUCCAAGUACAGUGCAACGUCUCAACACCAUUCCAUACUGUGUUAUAAGUAGACCACUAGACUGUAGAGCCAGUGACUUACUUCCCUCAGUGACAAAGACCGUGUGUGUGCUUGAAAAGGGGAAAAGAGUGGUGUGAUUUUUAAGAUGUCAGAAAAACUGAUUAAGUUGUAAUAUUAGGAUAGUCUUUCCCCAGAUAUUUCUUGUAGGGUUCUUCCAACACGUGGCUUGGUAGUCAUACAGCCCAAAAGCAGACACUUUUUAUGAAUCAUUUAAACCAAGCCCUAAAUUGUGCAAUGAUAUACCUACACAGAAACAUUACAUCCUUGUGCAUUAACAGUGCUACUCAGAUUUAAAAAGAUUGUGUUUGGGAAGAAUAAGCUCUUUCCAUGGAACAGGAAUAACUUGUAAAUGGCGUCAGUGUAGAUUUCUACUGUGCCUUUAGAGUGUCUCUGAUCCCAUGCCAAGUGUCGUGCCAGGACUAUUGAAUUCCCUUCCAACCCCCCGUACCACUAUCAUCACUUUCCAUAUAUUCACGUCAUAUGCAGUGUUUGCAAAUCAUUUAGCAAACGUGUUAAUGGCAGAUGUUUUAUUACCAGUGGGGGAAAAGGGUUGUAGUUUCUCAGAAGGUACUGUAAAUACUCAUUAAGCAAUAUGUUUUCUUUGACAGAAUAAGUUGUUGCUACCUUUUUUCGCUAUAAUGGUUGCAGUUCUAUUUACUAAUAUAGCUGUUAAUUGCACAGAAACAGGCUCUUUGGGCUUUAAUGUAUGUAUAAACCUGUUGUAUAUAAGAUAUGUAAAGACAUUUAUGUGAUAACAAAUGUUGACCCUGCAGAGAUGUUGUAAUAUCUCAUCUCUUGCAAAGUUGUAAUAGCAAGUUUAUCACAAGCAUCUCAUUUGUAAGACAAAUCAUUUACAUCCAGUGAAAGCAAAGGCAAUAUCUGAGUUGAAAGUUGAACAGCUUUUCCGUUCCAUUUGUCAUUUCCGGAUGUCAUUGUCAUGAAGUCAUUCAGAGGGUAAAAUAUUGCAAUCAGUUUUCCUCGCAGGCUUCCGUACUGAAAGGCUGAUUAAAUGAGUUUCAACUGGA